AUGCACAGCACAGACCUUCAAGCUGCCCGCCAGAAAGCGCAGGCGGGAUCUCCUCUUGCAGAAUCCUUGGUUAUGACGCUGUCGCUGCAGCAUCCAACAGCAGCUGCAGCAGGGGGCAUGCUCUAUGCGUCAACCAAGACGCACAUCCAAGGCUUUGCCACUUAUGCAUUUCGUAACCAGUGGAGACGUUUGGUGGGCGCUCGGUUUGACCCCGCUGCAACAGCAGCAGCAAGGUCAGCCAGUGAAGCUGGAAGUGCUAGCCUCUUUGUUACCGUUGCUGCAUGCUCCCAUCACCUGCACAGACUUGGAGCUGCUAUUGCUGCAUGUCUGUGCUGGACCUGCUUCCCCGAAGGCGCAGCCUCCACAGCAGCCCAGCCUCCCGCUGCUUGGUGGGCUGAACUUCUUGACAGCAGUAUCCCCUGUAACAGGACCCCCAGCGGCACUAGCAGCAUAGACCGUGGUAACAAACGCAGCAAGGCGUGCGUGCUACGCGAAAGCCUCAGGCGUGUCGCUCGGCUGUCUCUCCUUUGCCGCUUCUUCUACGAUCAUCAGCCCCUGCAGUUUUCCCUUGGAGGCUUCUGCUGUAUAUGGACAGCGAGAGUUCGUACCAGGGAAGGCCCCCCGCCAUACCUGACGUGCUCCACACCAGCUCCGCAACCUCAGCAACUGCAGCACCCGCAAGAUCCGCAGCUGCUACUGCUCCAAAAAGAACUGGAAGCUAGCCAUCACCAGGAGCUCCUGUCUCGCCAGCAACAGCAGCUGUACAGAGUGACCCCAGAAACGAAGAUCAGGCUGUCUCUGCACCCGGAAGCCGAACUGUAUGCGCAGCAGAGGCAACAGUACAGCCAUCAGGAAGACUUGCAUCAGCAUGAAGAAAAUCCUACUGGCCUUCGACGGUUAGCAGCUGCGGCUGAUCCGGACUGCGGCAAGACGGCAGCGACAGCUGCCGCCUCUGCCGCAGCUGCAGGACUGGAAAGCACCACUUCAGAUGGUGAUGCAGCAGGAGCAUACUCUGAGCUGCUGUUUUCUGUCGUUUCUGGUAGCUGGCUGUCGAAUGCCAGCGGCUUCGGAAGUGAUUCCGAGACAGCGAAUCGCACGCACCAGCAACAGCCCCAUAAAAGGGUGAUUUUUGUGCCUUCAGAAGUCCAUUUGACGCAUGCAACAGAGCUUGUUGGGUCCGCUUUGGGGGAUACAGAGGAAAAUAUUCACCGCCUUUUUGAAGAGUGCUCCAGAAGGCGGGCUGAACGCAUGCAACGAGCAGCAUUAGCUGCUGCCACUGCUGGGGAGCAGCAAAAGGCAGACGAUUUUCGCCUUGUGGGGGGUAGGACGCUUUUGUUCAUUGAUGAAAUCGACUCUAUUUGUCCACACCGUGUCUCAGCCAGCGAGGCAGGACGCCGCCAGGUAGCAGCUCUUCUGUCUUGCAUGGACGGCUUGAACAGUGACCCCUCCAUUUUUGUAGUUGGAGCCACAAAUCACCGAGAGGCAAUUGACGAGGCCGUGCGAAGGGCGGGCAGGCUGGAGCUUGAGAUAGAGCUAAGCGUUCCUUCGGCAGGGGAGAGGCUCUCAAUGCUGCGCAAGAUGCUGAGCCAAAGGCCUCAUUGCCUCUCGGAGCCCGACAUAAAGGAGGUCGCCGACAAUUGCCAAGCCUUCGUGGCUGCAGACAUGGCCUUGCUGAUGCGAACGGCUACCACCUCUGCUUUGAGGCAGAGCCUCAUCCAUAUGCAGCAGCUGCAACAAACGGGGCAGGAGCAAGAGCAACAGGAGCAGAGGCAGAAAAUCUUGCUGCUUUCCCCGGCACAUUUCAAGGCGGCGUUGCGACUAGUACGUCCCUCUGGUCUGAAAGGGGUGGCUUGUGAGGUGCCUCGCGUCCGCUGGGGGGAUAUCGGGGGAUACGAGGCGGCGAAGCGGCAGCUCUCUGAGUGCGUGGAGUGGCCGCUAGCUUAUGGGGAGAUGUUCUCCAGACUCAGACUGCAGCCUCCGAAGGGCAUCCUGCUGUACGGACCGCCAGGCUGCAGCAAAACUAUGCUGGCCAAAGCAGUAGCGACUGAAAGCAAGAUGAAUUUCGUCUCAGUUAAAGGUCCUGAGCUAUUUUCAAAGUGGGUUGGGGAGUCCGAGAAGGCUGUUCGUGAUUUGUUUAGGAGGGCACGACAAAAUGCUCCGUGCAUAAUUUUUUUCGACGAGAUCGAUGCAUUGGGGGUGGAUAGGGAGAAGGGCGAUGCCUCCGGUGUAGAGACUCGUGUAUUGUCGCAGCUUUUAACUGAAAUGGAUGGAAUCGGCCCUCACGCUUCAAUAGUGGUAUUAGCAGCAACAAACCGACCCGACCUGCUGGACGCCGCACUGAUGCGCCCCGGAAGGCUGGACAGGCUGGUAUAUGUCCAGCUGCCUGAUGAAGACGCGAGACUGCAGAUAGCACUGAACGUACUUCGGCAUGUGCCUGUACACCCUACUUGUCUUGCUGCUGCUAUGGAGGAUCCGGAGGUAGCCGCACGCAUAGCAGCACUGGCGCAAGACCGAUACAGAUCAGAUGAAUGCGCUGGUGCAACCCAUAAGCGAGGGGACGGGCUGACACAGGAGCCAGAAAAGCCGCAGGAAGAGCAGCAAGGUGUCCCUGUUACAGCAACCCUGGCGCUUGCGUGCUGGCUCAGCGCACGUACGGAGGGAUAUAGCGGGGCAGAGAUUACUAUGAUUUGUAAAGAAGGAGCAUUAGAUUCCAUUAGAGAACACAUUACUCGCUGUAAAGAGACAUCGCAGCAGCAGCAGCAACUGGAGGAAGAACUACUGACACUCCAACUACGACAUAUACAGGCGGCGUUGCAGCGCGUGAAGCCCCGCACCCCACAGUCGCUGCUCCAGCUGUACGAACACUACAACAACAAGACGCAUGGGGCAGCUUCUUCGCCGUCACCAGCAGUGACGCCGACACCGCACUCUAUCUCUGCUGGAGCGCAGCCAGGGACGUCUUCUAUACUAGGUCAAGGGAAGUAG